AUGUUCAUGGGGCGCACAACAACCUACAGCCUACUACUAUCUACCUUGGUGACCCAGAGCCCCCCCCAAUUCUUGCGCCUCGGCCCCACUUGGUAUCAUGAAAUCCCUUAUUUGCCUUAUGGGUGGGAAGCAUUAAAUGAUCGAGGAUCAGGUACUCUCAAACAUGCAGCGAUGAAAGAAGUGUUGCGGGACCAGUCAUUACUGGCGCCGGAAUUAUUCGACCAUGUCCCUUGGCAUCUAGCUGAAUACCUCUGGAAUUGCCUCGAAAGAUGCAACAAGCAGACAAUGCACAUGUGGAAAAUAAUGCACACCGUCUAUCCCGAGCAAUUUCGCGAGCUUAGUCCCUAUUAUUGCCUCCAUGCCUGGUCUCCAGGACAGCCAUUAACCCAGUACAUGGACAUCCUCAAUGAUGACGAUAUCCGCUGGCGUGCAGUCCUGACAGUCGGAACUAAUUUCUGUUCUGCGACAGAGAUAGCCGCCAUCCCGAAAAUCAAAAACUUGGUUGGUCUAGACAUCUGCACCCAGGUACAAAAUUUCCUCUUUCCGCCUUCUAUUUCCUUGGCCAAUGAGGGACAGCCUUUACAAGACGGAUUUGUCCGUGGCUGGGUCGAAUCCAACGCACUACAGCACCUGCGUGUCAUCAGGUUCUGCAACCAAAAUCAGAUAACCAUUGCGACGCUGAGGGCUUUGCGUGGAUUACCAGAGCUUCAGCUCAUUGUGGCAUUUAACUGUCGUAACAUUAUACCAAAGGUGGACUCUGCAAGAGACAGGACCAGAAACUAUCCCAUCCCCAUGGAGGGAUGGUCAGCCUGCCGACUCGAGUGGUUCAGGAAAUACCCCUGGACUGAAGAAAUGAUCGAUGAGCAUCUCUCGAGUUUGUUUUAUCUAUACAAGAAGAGUCUCCAGACGGCCGAAAGCAAACCAUCGUCCGUGGAUACGGAGCUCCCCAUCUUGGAAUUCAGACUCCAAAAAGCACAACGUGCCGAUUACAUGGGAAAAAACGUUAAAGAGAAAGGAACAGCAGCUUUCUUGUUCACACGAAGUCCCAUGGAGCUGGAGCAUGAUGCUAAGAAUACGCAGUGUGAGAAAACGAAGAAACGUGAACCACCAGAAAGCAGUGGUCGUCCUGCUAAGCGAGCAAUCAUGAAGGAGAGAGGACCUGUUGACAUCUCGAAGACUUUGAACGAGUUCUUCUGA